AUGGUGCACCCAACAACGGGUUCUAAGGCGCUCGUUAUCAACGAUGAAGUGGCCAGGUUCAGAACAGCUUUGCUCUUUCAAGAACAGGUCGCAGCGGCAACCGCAAUAACACCACAACGACAGCAUCGAAGGCGGGGUAGCAUCCAUGAUGCAACCACUGAUUGCUCGGCACAAGCAUCGGGGGAGAGGGUCGCCGUCGAUGGUAUUACUGAUACAGCCAGGGUCAUAGGAAAGGAUGGCGCUUCCCUGGUGGAGGCGAGAGCUCUGGCGGUGUUACAGCAGAGAGACAGGGCCCGCCUCUACGAUAGUGUGCCGCUGUGUGGAGCGUGCUACCGAGCGUACAGCGACAACUGGCGGUGGUGGCUGGCCCGGGGAGAUCAGGGACAGCGCGUGUUUCCCGCUACUUCCCAAUGA